UGUUUUUGUGUUAGAAGAAAUUAUUAAUCAAUUUUGGUUAUCAGUUAAAUUUUAAUCUAUUUAGAUUAUUGUUCUUAAGUCACGAAAGUAAAUUUGCUUGCAUGUAGUAUAUAUUUGUCAGUCUAGCAUCAUGCCAGGACUACUAUAUGUGAUUGAAAACUUUGGAUACUUUGAUAAGCCUGAUGGACAAGACCCAAUUGGGAAAAUUUUGGGAUUAGCCCCUUAUGGGGUAGUUACAGGAACAUGGUGUACAUUGUUUGAUGCUUGUUUAGUUUCGCAUUGCACAAAUGCUAAACAGUUCUUUAAUACUGCUGGCUACUGGAUGGUACCAUUAACUGGCAUGUGUUUGGCUUUUUCUGGAGUUACCUAUGUCUCAACAAAGAUUAGAAAGAAAGAUGAUAAAGUUAACUACGUUCUUGGUGCCCUUGCCUCUGGUAGCAUUUUACACGCAUGGCAGAGACAUCCAAUGAUUAGUGGAUGGGGUACAGCUCUUAUGGUUUUCAUUGCUGUCAUGAAGAAAGAUCAGCGACAACAUAAUUAUAAAACCAAAAAUAUUUUGUUCCCUGAAGAAAUGCCAGUCAGAGGCUAUUUCUCCUGGAGAAAUGUACCAUACCGAAACUUCAAUCCAGAACCAUGGAGACCUUUUGAUAAAUUAGAUUAUUACAAAAAUUUUAACUAUAAACUUGAAAAUUGAAUCAAUUCUUAGCUUGAUACAACCAAUCGUCGCCUAUUAAUUAAAUGUUGAAAAAUAUUAUUUAAAAUAAUAUAUUGUAUGCAAAAGUAAAUAAAAACAAUAUGUUGGUA